AAUGCCGCGGUGGCUGAGGCGGUUCCGCUGGCCGGUGUGUACGCGGCGGGCGAGUCCAGGUGCGGCCCGCUCGGCUUCUCCGGCGCCCCAGACCCCGGCCGCGACCCCCGCUGCGGCCCGGCCGCCGCCCGAACAUGGACUCCGCCGGCCAAGAUAUCAACCUGAAUUCUCCUAACAAAGGUCUGCUGUCCGACUCCCUGACAGAUGUCCCUGUCGACACAGCGUUGGCUGCCCAGACUCCUGCUGUUGAGGGUCUGACCGAGGCUGAGGAGGAGGAGCUUAAGGCUGAGCUUGCAAAGGUGGAAGAGGAAAUUGUCACUCUGCGCCAGGUCCUGGCGGCCAAGGAGAGGCACUGUGCUGAGCUGAAGAGGAAGCUGGGCCUCUCUGCCUUGGAGGGCCUGAAGCAGAACCUGUCUAAGAGCUGGCAUGACGUGCAGGUCUCUAACGCCUAUAUGAAAACUUCUGAGAAACUUGGAGAGUGGAAUGAGAAAGUGACCCAGUCAGACCUCUACAAGAAGACUCAAGAAACUCUCUCUCAGGCGGGACAGAAGACGUCGGCUGCCCUGUCCACCAUGGGCUCCGCCAUUAGCAGAAAGCUCGGGGAUAUGAGGGCUCGUCCGUUCUCACACUCCUUUAGCAGCUCUUCAAUCCGCCACUCGAUAAGUAUGCCAGCCAUGAGGAAUUCUGCGACCUUCAAGUCGUUUGAAGACCGAGUUGGGACCAUAAAGUCUAAGGUUGUAGGUGACAGAGAGAAUGGCAGUGAGAACCUUCCCUCCCCAACCGGGAGUGGUGCCAAGCCCCUGCCCGAUCACACGCCUUUCUAAGCCCGCCGCAGCUUUGCCCGGCUACGGAACAAGUGCAAGCACGUCCUCAUCGGCUCGACUGUGACUCUGCAGCGCCGCGGCCCGCCAGGCCGCGGGCGGGCGCAUGGAGCCGGCUUUGAGGAUAGUCGUGCCACUCACAUGUAGCCGUGGCCGCUGUGUUCGCAUGAGCUUCACAGAACACGGUCUUACACGCAGACGCUUUACACUGAAGUUGUAAACUGUCCUCCCUGGGGUGCGGGGAGUGGACAGGACAGUGGGCCCUUUGGCAGUCUUGUUAGCUCAUGAGAACGUGGAAGGAACGGAGAGUGAUAAGCAUAAAAUAAAUGGUAUUUCCUCAACCUCUCCUUUUGUAAGUUAGAGGAGGAAUCUGCGGAAGGAAGAUUCGUCCAGAAAGCCCUACCGGAUCUUCAGUUUUUAUUUCAAAUGCUAAAUGAGAAAACUGUCCAUUUUCUGAAACCCUCCAGAAAAGAAACUGGUUAUCAGCAGCCGCCUAAUUGUUACACUAACGAUCUAGCUUUAACAAAAGCAAAUUCUUUAUUUUUUAAAUGCAGUGAAUUUUUCAAAAAUUAAAGCUAAGCAGAGCAGCUUUAGCCUCAGUUAGAAAACAUUAUUUCUUUGGACUCAAGCUGAAAUACAAGCCUUACAUCACCUUAUGCUUUAUUUGUUUAUGAUGUUUUUAUAUAUAAAAAUAAGGGUUCUUUAGUGGGUUUUGAGCACCAUGUAGACUCCUGCAUCUAGCCCAAAGGGCAGCAUGCCUGGACCGUUGGUGUGUUUUAUUUCACUGAUGCACAUCGUCCCAGUGUAUGAAGCUUGCCUCUUUCUCCUCUCACGGACCGGGGCAGCUCCUGCUGGUCAGAGGGCUCCUGGGCCUCUGGGGGUGGGGGCAGGGGGCCAGGAGAAAGAAAAGCCGGCACCCUCCACGGAUGGCUGAUGCAUGACUGGCCCUCGGCUCCAGCCUGCCCAUUUGCUGCACGCUGGGGACGAGUGAGAAGCAGGUGGCCCUGCAUGGGGUCGGCUGGAACUCUGCUGUCGCCUCUUCUCAGGAGCUGCAAAGAUCUUAUUCCCGUUGUGAAGCUGCCACACCCCAGCAGCCUUGCAGUCAGGGCCCCACGCGUGGGGUGUGUCUGGAGGGGCAGCUUUCCGUGCCUUACUGGCUCCCAGCAGGCAGAGACCGCUCCUGCACACGCACCUGUGCACUCCCGGGUGGGGGGGCAUGCACUCAAAGUCCACUCCGGUAAGCUGAGUGUCUGCUCGUCCCUUCAGACGCCCUGGGUGGACUGCGGUCACCCCUGCUGACGCCAUGGGAAGAACAGCAUUUGGUCUUUUUUCUUCAGGGUUAGAAUCACGGAUGGGGUGUGGUGAGAAAGCAGGAUGCAACUGUAGUAACUGAUUUAUCUUGUCCGAAAAGUGGAUAAUGGGAAAUUUGUCAAUAAAGCAUUCCUUUGGGGAAGAACCCAUGUGA